GUUUAUAAGACUUGAUCGCGCUUAUAUUCGGCAUUAAGAAACGGCUAGUCAGCCAGAACGCGCGUGUUGACGUGAUCACUCAGUUUAACAUUUAUACGAAAAUGUCUAAAUUCGCAUCGACUUUAAUACUAGUGGUUGCUAUUAUCUCCGUCCAAGGCGGACCUGUCACUUACGAUGAAAUUUUAGCAGCAGCAAGACAACAACAAUUUGAUAAGGUGCAAGAAUUUCCACAGAGUGAAACAGAUUCUGAAGAUGAAAUGCAAUUGAGGAGCAAUUUUGGAAAAAAUACGGAGGUGUGGAAGCCAUCAUUCAACAGCGUGAGAGAUCUGAAGCCCGCAGACGGUGCCCACGUCUACGGAGAAGCAGAAUACUCCUUCCAUUCUGCAUCUAACAUCGAUGGCAAGACUUCUGAAGAACAUGCAGGCCAUAAAAUCAUCAAUGACGAUGGAAAGAUUGAGGAGUUCGACUUCACACCUUCAAGCACCCAAUUUCCACUUCUUUCUCCGAUCAUCACCAGCCUAGGUGGACAUUCGCCAAUUAGCAACGACUAUGGAGCCGAUUACUCAUUCCACCACGUCCCUGUCGGGGUAGGCGAAAUGUCGGAGUACAUCAGCGGAAAGAAGGUGGACAGCAAAAACAAGAAUACUGCACUUAGCGCUCUGAAGCUCCCCAUAACUCCCAUAUCAUUCACGGGAGUACGAGACCUGAAGCCGGAGAAAGGCGGCCAGGUAUACGGUGAGGCUCAGUACGCUUAUAGAUCAGCUACCAGCGUCAACGGCAAGACUACCGAAGACAAAGGGGGUCAUAAGAUCAUAAACAAUAACGGCAAAGUCAAGGAGUUUGAUUUUACACCCAGCGCUGAUCAGACCAAUGUAAGUUUUUUCUAAAGUGAUGCGUGUGACAAUUAUAAUUUUAAAAAAGUAAUGGCUCGUUUUCCUUUUAGAUGAAGAAGGUUGUGCCUCUUUCCAUAAAUAGAGAUAUAGAUGUCCUUAAAAGUUUGUUUUUGCAGUAAAAACUCUAUGGUUUUAUUUGGUGGACUUCUAAAAAGUAUUACUGCGUUCUUUUGUAAAAUAUAGAACAAGUUGUCGAUAUCAAGUGUGAUUAAAAGAAAAUGAGUCAAAAAUAAUUUGAGCCAUGUAAGGAGUAUAUCUCAAAAAUGCAACUAAACCAUUAUAAGUUAUUUUAGCAACUUUUAGGUAGGAAAAACUUGUUAUUGUUAGCAGUUUUUUUUUAUAUAAAAUAGGCCAUAUGUAUACUGUACUUAAGUUUUAUGUUUUGCUAAAAUCAUGCCACGAGAAAUUGUUGUGAUCUAAAUUUUGACAUGAUAUUGUAAAAGUUCAAUAAAAUUAUUCAAAUUCGAGUAGAAGUUAUGUUAUUAAACAUUUUAUUUUAGUAGCUAUUUAUCUAACUAAUAAUUAUUAUUUGAGAUGAUUAAGUCAUUCUUAUUCUGUGAUUGUAAUUAUAUUACUUAACUAAUUAUGUAUUGUAAUUUGUAAAUAAAGUAAUCUGUAAAAU